AUGAAACUCAAGGGACUCUCGGACACCCGGUGGAACUGCCGAGCCGCAUCACUUCGUAGACUGAAGGACCCCGCCGUACUACGGAGUGUUCUUUCCUUCGUGGAGGAUGUCCAGGAGAAGACGACGGACGGAGUAAUUAGGGCUACGGCACUCGGCCUGAUGAAAAACCUGCGGGAUCCGAAGUUCAUCAUCACACUGGUGGCUCUGUCGCCAGUGAUGGAUCUGGUAGAUCAUGUCUGCAACUCCUUGCAAAGUCCUCAGCUCGACCUACUCUCGGCCCAAGAACUGAUUUCCUCGCUCGCCAAGGAGCUGUCACACUGGCAGACCACGGCAACCUGGAACAAGAUUCUGGAAGAUGCUGCCGAGCUUGGGAGUCUCAUCGACGUAGACAUCAAUGGAAGCGACGAGUCACGGCAUCGUGCGAGAAAAAUCCCUGCGCGGCUCAAGGAAUUCGCCUGUGACAGUCUUCCACCUUCAGAGGAUGCAAGCCCGAGAAAUACGAACACAUCGGACCUCGGGGAAGGUGCUGAGCAGCCCUCCGAGAAGACGAAACAAAUGCGCCGUGUUUUCUGCGUGGCAGACAGGCUCGUCGCCGAGCUGGAGCGCAGAUUCCCGCCCGAGUUGGGAGACUUCUGCAUUCUGCAGCGAACUCACAUGUUCCGUGAUGAUGCCGAUGGAAGGCUGGAAAGGCUUGCGGCACUGUACGGCCUGGACCUGGCUGAGCUUAAGAGCCAGUGGCUCCUGGCGAGGAACAUGAUCCCCGUCGAAACAGACCGGGACAUGCAGGCUGCGCAUGCCCUGCUUCCGAAAGAAUUUGUGGUUUUGCGCUGGCUGUAUAAAGUCGCUCUCACCCUCCCCGUGACGUCGGCUGGCGUGGAACGAAAGUUUAGUAAGAUGGCUCUUCUUAAGAGUAAGCUGCGCACCACGAUGAGCCAAGCACGGCUCGAGCACCUCAUGUUUUCAUUCUCGGAGAGUGAUAUCGCAUCUGAGCUGAACAUGGAAGAGCUCGUGUCAAAGUUCGCUCGCAUGGGAAAUCGUCGCAUGGAGCUGCUGUGA